AUGGGUUCGAGCCCGAUGUGGUUGUCAGGACCUCCGCCGUCGCCGUGGGGCCGCGGUGUGGGGAAAUGGUGGGCGCUGGGAGGGCCAUUGGUGGUGAAGGCCGUCGGGUUCCUGCUGCUCGCCGGCCUCUUGUUCCGGGUGCUCUGCUCCUUCCCGUCCUCUCCGGCGCCGGCGCUGCAGAUCACAAAAGGAAAAUGCAAUCUUUUCAAUGGGGAAUGGAUACCAAAUCCCUCUGGCCCAGCCUAUACAAAUGCAAGCUGUCGAUUUAUUGAUGAUCACCAGAACUGCAUGAUGAAUGGUAGACCUGAUAAGGAAUAUCUUCGUUGGAAGUGGAGGCCUUAUGGAUGUGAUCUUCCACCAUUUGAUGCAGUCAGAUUUCUAGAUUAUAUGAGAAACAAAGCUUGGGGACUAAUUGGUGACUCCAUUCUUCGUAACCAAGUUCAGUCAUUGCUUUGCCUUCUGUCUAAGGCUGAAGAACCUGUUGAGGUUUACCAUGAUAAGGAAUUCAAAAACAGGAGAUGGCACUUCCAAUCCUACAACUUCACAGUGUGCAUCGUCUGGGCUCCUUUCCUCAUCAAAUCUGAUGUUUUUGAGAAUGAGGAUGGUGUAUCCACCUCUGAGAUACAGCUCCACCUUGAUAUACUUGAUUCUAGCUGGACAAGUCAGUAUGAGAGCUUUGACUAUAUUAUUAUUUCUGGCGGACAAUGGUUUCUGAAGACAGCGGUCUACUGGGAGAAUGGUGCAGUGAUUGGUUGUCAUAAUUCUCAGAACAAGAACCUUGCUGAACUUGGUUUUGAGCACCUGUAUCGGAAAACUCUACAAAAUGUUUUCAACUUCAUCAUCUCAGCAAAACACAAGCCAGUAGUUUUGUUCAGGACCUGGUCACCUGAUCACUUUGAGAAUGGAGAGUGGUUCAAUGGUGGGUCUUGUUACAGGGAAUUGCCCUACAAGAAGGGAGAGUACAGAGAGGGAUACAUCGAGCGUGUCAUGAGGCAAAUCGAGCUUGAAUCCUUCAACAAGGCUGCAGCCGCGCUUAGGGGUUCAGUGGAUGUGGAUAGGCUGGGACUCAUGGAUACCUACAGCCUCUCGUUCUUGAGACCGGACGGUCACGUUGGGCCUUACAGAACACCCUAUCCCUUCGCAAAGGGCAGCAGGAAAUCCACGCCCGUUCAAAAUGAUUGCUUGCACUGGUGUGUGCCAGGCCCCAUUGAUGCGUGGAAUGAUCUUGUUAUGAAGAUGGCCCUGGAUCAAUGA